AAAAAGAAUUAAGAAUUUUAGGGUGAAUCAAAAGCUAAAGCCCUUCUCUCUCUCUCUCUCUCUCUCUCUCUAACGGAACCAAUUCCAAGUUCCAACCAUGGCUUCCUUCCCUCCUCCUGGUUCACUCACUCUCUGUGAAGUCAAUCGUGACCUAAUCACCGUCGACGCUCUCUCCGACGAUCGAGCCAACCAAACCUACGGAAAAAUUCUCGGAUUGGUGUUCAGUCCCGUCCCGUUUCACCCUCCCGAGAACGACGCAUCCGAUCAGGAGGGACCAACCACCACCACGGCCACCGCCGCCGGAGAAACCGUUCCGAGGAAAGGUCCGGUCGCAUUCUUGCAAGGCCUUCUAAACAGCUCUCUCGGUCGCCUCUUUUACCCUAACGAUGUGCAUUUGUUGCCGGAGGUUGAUCUCCAAGGAGUAAGCUGGCACCCCAUUAAGCAUAUUAUUGCUUUUAUCGCUGGCCCAACGCAAGUUUUGGUUCAUGAUUACCAAGAAUCUGAGGGGAAAGAUCCGAGUAUUUUGACAAAUGAGUCACAGAGGGAUGUUAGAGUGCUGGAGUGGAGGCCUAAUGGUGGGAAAAUGCUCGCUGUGGGUUGCAAGAGUGGAAUUUGCAUAUGGGCUGCUUCUUAUCCUGGAAAUGCUGCAUCUGUUAGAUCUGGUGCUGCUUCCUUUUUAGGAAGUUUAUCAAGAAACUCAGGGAAUCGCUAUAUCUUGGUUGACUUUCUUCGUAGUUCAUAUGACUGUGUUAUAUUAUUAUGAACAGGGGUAUUAUUUUCUGAGUCACUAAAAUACUUAGCAACUGCUUCAUAUGAAAGCUCCUCGUUCACUGUGUGGGAUUAUGCUCAAGGUGAGGGGACUCCCAUUCGACGUGGAUUAGGAGGCAUAUCAUUACUGAAGUGGUCACCUACUGGAGAUUACUUCUUUGCUUCAAAAUUUGAUGGAACAUUUUAUCUUUGGGAGACAAACACAUGGACAUCAGAACAAUGGUCAUCAACUAGCGGUUUUGUAAAGGGUGCAACAUGGGAUCCAGAUGGGCGUAUGAUACUUCUUGCAUUUUCUGAAUCGUCAACUUUGGGAUCUGUUCACUUUGCAUCAAAGCCUCCCUCACUAGAUGCACAUUUGUUACCUGUUGAUUUGCCAGAAAUAUUAUCGUUGACAGGCAGUCAGGGAAUUGAAAAGAUAGCAUGGGAUAAUUCAGGGGAGCGAUUGGCUGUGUCUUUUAAAGGUGGAGAUGCUAUGUACAGAGGUCUGAUUGCCGUAUAUGAUACAAGAAGGACUCCUCUUAUAUCCACGUCAUUAAUUGGAUUUAUAAGAGGACCUGGAGACAAUGCAAAGCCAAUUUCAUUUUCAUUUCACGGGAAGUUUAAGCAGGGACCAUUGCUUUCUGUGUGCUGGAGCAGUGGGUUUUGUUGCACUUACCCCCUCUUAUUUCGCUCUCACAUGCUUCCAUAAGGAAUAUAUCUGAGGAAUUUUGUUGGUUGUACACAAUAUGGAGCCAGCUGACUUUGAUCUAAGGUCAUUUAUUCAAUUUUGUGGGAUUACUUAUGUUUUUCUCCCCGUGAAAAUAGGGAUUCAAACAGUGAAUACACAUAAAGUUUGCCCAUAAUGAAUCGGGUAUUUAUCCAUCACGAGUUUGGGUAUAGGUACCACAGUUUUAUUGAUAUGGUAUUGUAUUAUCCAAUCUUAUUUGUAUUUUAAUUUAAUGAAGUUAUAAGUAUAUUUAUUAUA